GACCGGAAGCGCGGCCGAGCCCGUUGCCGUGACAGCGGGCCCGGGUCAGCCAUGGAGCCCGCGCUCACCGACAUGUACGACCAGGCGCUGCUGGGCAUCCUGCAGCACGUCGGCAACGUGGAGGAGUUUCUGCGCAUCCUCUUCGGCUUCCUCUACCGCAAGACCGACUUCUACCGGCUCCUGCUGCGGCCCGGGGACCGCCUGGGCUUCCCGCCCGGCGCGGCGCAGGCCAUGGCCCUGCAGGCAUUCCGAGUGUUUGAGCGGAUGGCCAGGCAGGAUGACGAGAAGAGGCGGCGGGAGCUGGAGGCAAAGCUGAGGAAGAAGGAGGAGGAGGAGGAGGCAGCUGCAGCUGCCGAGAGGGUGAAGCUGUGCCCUGCGGCUCAGGAAGUUGAGGUGGAGACAACGGAGCACAUCCCAGCACCAGAUGUCGGGGGAGCUGUGGGCACACAGGAAUCAGCUGCAGCCCAGGGUGCCGCAGCUCCCAGCUCUGUGUCGGUGGAAUCUCUGGGGGCUGCUGCCCCAGCAGAGCUGCUGACGAGACAGGAACAGUUCCAGACAAACCCUGACAGCUACAAUGGAGCUGUGCGAGAGAAUUACACCUGGUCCCAAGACUACAGCGACCUGGAAAUUAAAGUGCCUGUACCCAAGCACAUCGUCAAAGGCAAACAGGUGUCUGUGGAUAUCAGCAGUGGCACGAUCCGCGUAGCGGUGCUAGAGGGGAGCAGCCAGCAUGUCCUCAUGGAAGGGAAACUCACCCACAAGAUCAAUACAGAGAGUUCCCUGUGGAGCCUGGAGCCCGGGAAGUGCAUUUUGAUCAACCUGAACAAGGGGGACGAGUACUGGUGGAAUGCUAUCCUGGAGGGCGAGGAGCAGAUCGACAUUGACAAGAUCAACAAAGAACGCUCCAUGGCCACAGUGGAUGAGGAGGAGCAUGCUGUGCUCGACCGCCUCACCUUUGACUACCACCAGAAGCUGCAGGGCAAGCCCCAGAGCCACGAGCUGAAGGUGCACGAGAUGCUAAAGAAGGGCUGGGACACCGAGGGCUCCCCGUUCCGUGGCCAGAAGUUCGACCCCUCCAUGUUCAACAUCUCCCCUGGCGCCGUCCAGUUUUGACGGCGGCAAAAACAACUGAAAAACGAAGCAGGGAGAGGAGAAACCCCCCGGAUGCCGACUGGGACCCUCGCACUCUGUGCCGUGCCGGUGCCCGUGGCCUGCUGCUCCACGCUGCCAGCACCCAUCCGUGCCGUGCGGGGAAGCCAGGCGGGCAGAUUUACAUCCUGUCACCACGGCAACCCGGGCGCCGAGACCCCUCUCCUCCCCUGCCUCCCCUUGCCUCGCGCUGCCGACGCUCUGUGUUUUUCCGGAAUAGACGGAGCAUGUUGGGUGACAUAAUUAUUA